UGGCUGGGAGGCUGAGGAGGUGGCAGGGGUGGGAGGGGCCUCUUGGGAAAGCUGCUUUCCGUGUGGGCAGCAUUUGCCGGCUCUCUGGGUCCCUGGGGAGAUGGCACGUGGCAGGUGCUUGGAGAGGGCACUUGAUAAAGGUCUGGAGGUGGGAAUGGUGCUGAGUGGAGAACAGUGCACAGGUGAUAGGCCUGCCAGGGGUGAGGGUGGAUCUUUGAGAAAAGUCGGAGCAGGGCUUGGGUGGAGCCAUGAGGGCCAGCGAUGGAAUUCGUGGGGGCCUGGAUUCAGGGCUUGGGGUUGUUCGGGCAGAUGAGGGAGGGCAAGUGGGUCUCCUGCAGAGCCCGUGCUGGGCAUCAGUAGAUGAUCACCCUUUUCCCCACGGAACCUGCACGCAGCCUCCUUGCCGGCGUCCUUCCCAACUUGGCAGGCCAGGCAGCCACUACCCACCCAGAGGUACCUGAAAAUGCCAACGGCUUCACCUUCUCUGCACACACACGGGAAUCAUGGGAGGGUCUCUAGUGGGAGAGUAAGCUGAUAAAGCACACGCUCAGGAGGAUGGAUCUAGAAUCAGUGAGGAGGAGGACGCAGGAAGGGGAGCAAGCUGCCCUGGACUCAGGACCCCUUCCGCCUGCCGGGCUGAGCCUCGCAUGAGUAUUUCGCUUCUUCCUCCCAGUAUCACCAGGCAGGCGCUGGGCUUCCCCAUUGUAGUGGUGAGGAAGCUGGCGAUGGAGCCAGAAGAAAAUCCCAAUCCUGUCUGACCCCAGAGUUUGUGCUCUUCCUAUUCCGUCGCCAUCCCUCUACCCAUAGCACCCAGGCGGGAGUGACAGGGGCCUGGCUUGGAGGACAGGCUGCAAGAGAGCUUUCAAAAGAAGGAACUGUGUCGAACUGUAUCAGGAGGCAGAGAGCACCUCACAUGUACUGUGUGUCUUCCUAGCAGCCCCUGAACGGUGGCGAAAAGUGGAAAAGUGUGCAAGAACCAAGGAGCUGACGUGUUCUCUGAUGUGCCUGGAGAAGCAGGACCUGUUCAACAAGUUCAAAGGCCGUGUGCGGGCGGUCUCUCCCAGCGCCAAGUCCCCCUGGGUGGAGUCCAAGUACCUGGAGUACCUUUUUGAAGUGGAGCCAGCCCCACCCGUCCUGGUAGUCACUCAGACAGAGGAGGUCCUGAAGGUCAAUGCUACCUACCAGCUGCCCCCCUGCAUGCCCCCAUCGGAUCUGAAGUAUGAGGUGGAUUUCUGGAAGGAGGGGACUGGGAACAAGACACGAUUUCCAGCCACUUCCCAUGGCCAGCCAGUCCAGAUCCCCCUCCAGGCGGAUGCCAGUGGAUACCACUGCCUCAGCGCCAGAACCAUCUACACCUGCGGUGACCCUAAAUACAGCGAGUUCUCCAAGCCCACCUGCUUCUCCCUGGGGACCCCAGGAGUCCACUGGGCAUUCCUGGUGCUGCUACCACUUCUGCUGCCGCUGCUGUUGGUUACUGCCACGGGCUGUGUGAUCUGGAGGAGCUUCAGAGGGAACCCCUGGUUUCAGCGGGCAAAGAUGCCACAGGCUCUGGACUUUUCUGGACACAGAUACCCCGUGGCAACCUUUCAGCCCAGUGGCCCAGAGUCACUGGAGGACUUGACCCUCUGUCCCCAAAAGGAGCUGACCAGAAGGGUCAGACUGACCCCUAGAGUCAGGGCCCCAGCCACCAUUCAGGCCGGAUCAGAGGACGACGAUGACGAGGAGGACGACGCAGACGCCAAUGUCACCGUCCAGCCCUACAUUGUGCCCCGUGGUUUCCUGGAGCAGGAGCCCCAGACCCCCGGGCACUCGGAGGCAGGGGUCCAGGUCGAAGGCUGUCCUGCUUGCGAUGCUUCAGACGGAAGCUGGGCCAGCACUGGCGGCUCCUCCCUCCUGGAGGAGGCCGGGUCCUCUGGCUAUUUGGCCAAGAAGGGGCCAGACCGAGGGCUGGGUAGGAGCAGGUGUCCGGAGCCUCUCCCAGUCCCCGAAUUCUCCAAGGACUUGGGUUCCCUGGAAGAGCUCCAGAGAAACAGCAUCUCCUGGGCCAGCUGGGGCUCCUCACCGAGGCCGGAUCUGGUCCCCGGGGAGCCUCCAGUUUCUCUUCGGACACUGACCGUCGCCUGGGACAGCAAUGCCGAGGAGGAGGAGGAGGAGGAGGAGGAGGAAGAGGAUGGAGAGGAAUCAGAAACUGAGGACAGUGGUGCUGGAAGCUGGGGGGCCAACAGCCUCCAGAGGACUGGAGCCAGGAGUAGGACGCUGGGGCAUUACAUGGCCAGGUGAGCUUCCUGCCAAAUCCGGUGCUACUGAGCUUCCCAGGGGCCCAAGACGCCACAGAGACUUGAGGCCUGGGAGCAUGGUCCUGGGGCAGCCAUGGUUCUUGCAGCGCUUCCAGAACCCCAGCUAGAGGCUGUCAGUCGGCUUGAGCAGUAAGACCCACCCCAUCCUGUGGCCCACCCGCCCUGGGCUGAGCCACAAGAGGACUAGAGAAAAGGAUGGGCUCAGGUCAGGUCACCCCACUGUCUCUGGACAACACGAAACAGGUGAGACCAGGUCACUGGCAUCAGGGCUGACACCACCAGGGCCAUCUGGGCUCGAAGAGGACAUUCGGAGGCUCGGCUGUGUCAGAGCCUCCUGCCUUCCUCCCCAAGGCUUGGCCUCCUGACUCAUGAGUCCCCCCGGGGCGGGCCCCCAAGAGGAAAAGUCUAGUUAGCAGAGGGUGCUGGAGGGGAAGGGAAAGGGCGGCCGUCAUUCACAUCCCAGGCUCCAGCUGGGGAGAAUGCUCUAGGCUUACCGUCAGGCAGACCAGGGUCCAGAUCCCGGUUCUGCCACUUCCUGAUUGUGUGACCUUGAGUAAGCCGCUCUUCUCCUGGGUUCCU